AUGGAGUGGUCUAAGGACAAGACUUUGAAACUGAUCGAGCUACUGCAGUUGAACGCUAAUUUAUGGAAUACGUCGCUUUGUGACACUCGCAGAGAUAAACAAAAACGUAAGGAAGAACUCCGCGGAAUAUCCGAAAUAUUAGGAAUAUCUAUUUCUGACGCGACAAAAAAAAUACAACAUCUUCGUACACAGUAUAAUAGGGAGUCGGCGCGGGAAUCUCGAGCAAAUUCUGAGGGGCCUAACGAAAGAUAUUUUAGCAAUUGGUAUGCUUAUGAAUAUUUACACUUUAUGAAACACUCUAAUAAACCGUAUAGAGUUUUACAGUCGGAAGGAACCACAGAUAUUAAUGAUACUCUACAAUCACAAACUGAAAGUUCUCCAAAUGAUUGCAAGCUUGACAAUCUGUCCUUGCCAUCUAAAAUACCCCGUACAGAACUAGUCCAUUCAUUUAAACCUGAAAUAGUUUAUCCAUCAAAUAACCUAAACAGGGAUGAAUUUUCAGUAUUUGGUGAAUAUAUAGCUAAUGAAUUAAGAUCGUUAAAAGGUGAAAAAAAUCUACUGGUAGCCAAGAAGAAAAUUCAAGAUGUCAUAUUUGAAGUGAAAAUGGGUAUGAUAAGUGAGCCAAGAGUAGAACAAGGAGCAACAUGUACUGUUUAUACACCGAGUACCCAAACUCAUUCUGCAAUUCACAAUGGAAAAAUAUAUUCCACUCCAGUAAUGAGUACUAUAGCUAGCAUAGAACCAUUGUCAUCAACAACACAUACUCCGAGGACAACUGGGAUUAGUGAGAUAAUCAUCAAUGGGGCCUGCCAUUAUUCUACCUUUAAAGUUGACGAACAA